AUGCAGGCUCUAGCGGAGAGACGUGAUUGCCCCAUUGAGCUUCUUAAGAUAACUGCUGUCGGAUCAACAGGAAUAGAGGAGACAGGCAAGAGGUUAGCAAAUGUUGCCGAGUCCUUGAACUUGCCCUUUUCGUUUAAGCCAGUUUUAUUACCAGACAUGAAUGAUGUCAAGGAUGAAUUAUUCGAAACUAAAGAUGAUGAAUAUGUCAUCAUUUUUCGCUCCACAUAUUCUGGGGACAAUGAUCUCAAGGCCUACAUGCUUGGAAAACUUGAUGAGAGUGAUAAGAAAUCUCUAUCCGUCGAUCAUGCUCUGUUCUUCUAUAGUGCAUAUUAUGACAGCUUUGACACUUGCCUGAAACAAUACGAUGCUGACAGGAUGAGAAUGGAGACAGUUUUUGGUGAUGCGAUUCGAAACAUUGUUGCAGAGGAGGGUGCAGAAAGGAAUAUUCGAAAUGUUACGAUGGAUGUUUGGAGGGCAUUCUUCGCAAGGUAUAGGAUGGUGGAAAUUGGGUUUAGCGAGGCAGCCUUGAGCCAAGCUAGUUUGGUUGUCAAACGGUUUGCUUGUAGGAGUUCUUGUACAAUUGAUAAGAAUGGGAAAUGUGACAUAGCUAAGAAAGGAGCUCAUUUGUUGAAAGAUCAACUGCAGCACUACCCCAAGCGCCGAAAACAGUUUCAGAAUUUGUUGAACACGAUCGAUAAACAACAAAUGACACAACAUCCAUUGUCGUCAGCUUCUUUAAAGCUCCUAAGAAAUUAUGGAAGUGGGAAGAGGGAAUUAAUAUCAAACGACAUAAGAAGUACUAGUGAUACUGAAACUUGUGGCUUGUCAACGGAAGAAGCCAUGAGGGUGGCUGGAGCAAGGUACGUACAAUUCUCUAUAAAGAUGUACGAUGAUAAUUACAUGCCCAUGCACCCUUUUGGUUUUGCUCUUUCGGGUCUGUCCGAGGAUGAGAAAAGUGACGUGGAACUUGUGCACUUUCUUCUAUCGGCGGCUGAUAAUGUCGGCUACCGACAAUAUGAUCGUGCAGGCAGACUAGUUUUACGUUGUGAAUGGAUGUCUUCUGCCCGAGCUAAUCCGGUCCAGAGAGUUGUUUUUCAUUUUGCUCAAGCGCUUCGAGAAAGGAUUGAAAACGAAUCUCCAGCAAGUGUCAACACCUUAAAGGGAUUCCAGCAAAAGAAUGAAAUGAUCAUCAUUCCUACGUUCCUUACAGUUUACAAACAGCUUCCUUUCACGCAAAUAUUACUAUUCGCAGGCAUCCAAGCCAUACUCGAGAACAUAGCUUUCGAGCGUAAGAUCCAUUUGAUAGAUUUGGGAAUCAGGUGUGGAGUCCACUGGACAAUCUUGAUGCAGGCUCUUGCGGAGAGAACACCGGAUUGCCCCAUUGAGCUUCUUAAGAUAACUGCUGUUGGAUCAUCAACAGACAUAGAGGAGACAGGCAAGAGGUUAGCCAGUGUUGCCGAGUCUUUGAACUUGCCCUUUUCAUUCAAGUCAGUUCUAUUAUCAGACAUGAAACAUGUCAAAGAAGAAUUAUUCGAAACUGAAGAUGAUGAAGCAGUGAUCGUUUUGGCUCCCUUAAUAUUGAGGAUAAUGGUGUCAAGGCCUAGUUGCUUGGAAAACUUGAUGACAGUUAUCAAAAGCCUCAACCCAUCUAUGAUGGUUGUCAUUGAGAUCGAAGCAAACCACAAUUCACCCACAUUUGUGAAUCGCUUCAUUGAAGCACUGUUCUAUUUCAGUGCCCUCAAUGAUGGCCUCCAGACAUGCAUGAAACAGUACGAUGAGGACAGGAUGAGAAUCGAAAGAGCUUUGGGUGGUCAGAUCCGAAACAUUGUAGCAAAGGAGGGUAGAGAAAGGACUGUACGAAAUGUAACCAUGGAUGUUUGGAGGGUGUUCUUCGCAAGGUUUAGAAUGGUGGAAAUUGGAUUUAGUGAGACAUCCUUAUUUCAAGCUAGCUCGUUCAUCAAACUGUUUGCUUGUAGGAGUUCUUGCACAAUUGAUCAGAAUGGGAAAUGUCUAAUUGUUGGGUGGAAGGGAACCCCAAUUCAUUCCCUUUCACUUUGGAAGUUCCCUUGA